UUCCACCUGUCAGUGUCCAUCAGUGCCAGCUGUCAGUGCUCAUCAUUGCCACCUGCCAGUGCCCAUCAGUGCCACAUCAAUGCCACAUACCAAUGCCUACCAGUGUACAUCAAUGCCACAUAUCAGUGCCCAUCUGAGCUGCCUUUCAGUGUUACCUAUCAGUGCCAGUCAGUGCCAUCUAUUAAUGCCAGUCAGUGCUACCUAUCAGUGUGCAUCAGUGCCGCCUAUCAGUGUGCAUCAAUGCCGCCUUCAGUGCCGCCUAUCAGUGUCGCCUAUCAGUGCCAUAUAUGAGUGCUGCCUUUCAGUGCCCAUCAGUGAUGCC